AUGUAUAUUACCUGAAGUUUGAGUUAAUAAUAUCGAACAGUUGAUGGAUUAAAUCAUGAAAGUGAAAAUGGUAUUUUUGACUUAAAUUUGUCAUAUAAAAUAAUUAUUAAAAAAGUUGCUCAUAUAAAAAUAUAGUCGAGUCAUUGGGAAGAAAAUGCGUCGAAAAUUUACACUUUUUGCAUAUUUGACGUCAAUUAUUCCCAAAAAAUCACGAUAUUAUGGAACCUUAACCAAAGAAACUAACAAAUUUCCAUUAUCCAUGCGUCAAAAUAUUGGCUUGAGAAUUCAAAUUCAAAGGCUGGCGAAUUUUCAAUCACCGGCAUGCCUUCGAGAAGAAUUAUUAUGCAAAGUUAGUGAUCCAGCACGGAAUGGGCAGGAUAAAGUAACAAUUGUUGGAGCUGGUAUGGUUGGUGUUGCCUGUGCUAAUGCAAUUCUCUUUCAAAGGAUUAGCAGUCACAUAGCUAUCGUUGAUGCAUUUCCAAAAAAACUAGAAGGUGAAGGGAUGGACUAUUGUCAUGGUUCUGUGUUUUUAGAUGAUCCUCAUAUAGAAUUCGAUACUAAUUUUUGCGUAUCAAGAGAGUCAAAAGUUGUCAUAAUAACAAGUGGUGCACGACAGAAAAAAGGAGAGAGCCGAUUAGAUCUUGUUCAAAGAAACACGGAAAUAAUAAGAAAUAUCAUUCCACCACUUGUUGAAUAUAGUCCAAAUGCCGUCUUUUUAAUUGUAUCCAAUCCAGUUGAUAUAUUAUCGUGGGUAACAUGGAAAGUUAGUGGUUUACCAUUUAAUCGAGUAAUUGGCACUGGUUGCCAUUUGGAUACUGCUCGAUUUCGCUGUUCUAUUGCAAAAAGGCUCGGAGUCUCAACAAAGUCUGUACACGGAUUCAUUGUCGGAGAACAUGGUGAUAGCCAAGUACCAUUGUGGUCAGGUGUUAAUGUAGCAGGGGUACUUUUUCGAGAUAUUAUAUCACAUGUCGGACUCGAAAUGGAUGAAGAGGGUUGGAAUGACAUGGUCAAGAGUGUUAUUAAAGCCGGUUCUACAGUCAGAUGUUUGAAAGGAUAUUCUAAUACGGCCGUAGGUUUGUCAGCUGCUGAUAUUACAAGAGAUAUCUUGAGAAAUAGUCAGACAGUCAAAUCUGUAUCCACAUUUAUUCAUGGCCACCACAAUAUUUGUCAACAAGUAUUUCUAUCUCUCCCAUGUACAAUUGGAGCGAACGGUAUCACCCAAGUAAUUCGAAUGCGAAUAACAGAGUACGAGAAGAAAUUAUUACAUAAUUGCGCGGAAAUAAUUCACAAUACGCAAAAGAAUAUUAAAAUAUCCUGAUGACCAUCAUACUUAUUAAAAUUUAAAACAGACGACGGUGAAUUGAAGUACAAGAAGA